GGUGCUGGGGACGGCCGGAACCGCCGCGCCCGGCACGGCUGUGCCCGGAACGCUUUUAAGGGAGGACCGGCGGGGCUCGGAGGUAUCGGUUGUGCUGGUGGUGGCUUCUCCCGUCCGGGCCAUGGCGGGCCCGCGGCUGGAGCCCGACCUGGCCCGGCAGCUCUUCUUCGAGGGCGCCGCAGUCGUGAUGCUGGGUGUGCCCGAGGGCACCGAGUUCGGCAUCGACUACAGCACCUGGACCGUGGGCCCCAAGUUCCGCGGCGUCAAGAUGAUCCCGCCGGGCGUCCACUUCCUGCACUGCAGCGCGGGGCGGGCGGGCGGCCGGGAGACGGGCCCGCGCACCGGCUUCUUCCUGAGCCUGCAGCGGCGGGACCUGCGGGUGCUGCGGUGGGACCCCAGCAGCGAGGCCGUGGAGCUGGCGCCGCUGGGCGCGGAGGAGGCCGCGGCUUUCAGGGAGAACCUGCGGGAGCUGGACCCGUUCCUCGGGCCAUACCCCUACGAGACCCUCAAGAAGUGGGUCUCCCUCACCAGCUUCAUCAGCGAAGCGGCGAUGAAGAAGCUGCAGCCGGAGAGCGGGCGGAUCUGCGCUUUCUCCGAGGUGCUGCCGGUCGCGGCCGGGAGGCUCUCCAGGGACCGGGCCGAGCAGCGCCUGCCGCCCGUCGAUGCCGAGUGCCGGAGCUACGCCGAAGGCUUGGCGCGGCUGCCCCAGAUGAAACCGAAAGCAGGCACCGAGAUCAGGUUCACGGAGCUGCCGAAGCAGAUGUACCCCGAUGGUGCUACGCCGGAGGAGAUCACCAGGCACAGCAUGGACCUCAGCUACGCGCUGGAGAAGGUGAUCGGCCAGCGGUACGCCAGCCAGCCUCGGGAUCUGCUCGCUGAGUUGCAGUUUGCUUUCAUCUGCUUCCUGAUUGGGAACGUAUACGAUGCAUUCGAGCACUGGAAAAGACUCUUAAACAUCCUGUGCCGAUCUGAAGAUGCCAUAAGGAAGUAUCAAGACCUUUACAUCAAUCUAAUUUCGGUGCUGUAUCACCAGCUCAGUGAAAUCCCAGCAGAUUUUUUUGUGGACAUUGUCUCCCAUGACAACUUUUUAACCAGCACCUUACAGGUGUUCUUUUCCUCCACGUGCAGCGCUGCUGUUGAUGGGACCCUAAGGAAAAAGGCUGAAAAAUUCAAGGCUCACCUAACAAAGAAAUUUAAAUGGGACUUUGAGGCAGAGCCUGAUGACUGCGCUCCUGUCGUGGUAGAACUUCCUGAGGGCGUGCAGGUGGACUAAGAAAAACACUUGCUUACGAAUGAACAGCUUCUUAAAAUAACUCCUCUCCAUGUUUUCUCCAGCCUCGCCAGCUUCCUGAAGUCUGUUCCUGAAGCUGACGCCUCUUUCUGCUGUAGAAGCAGAUAUGGAAAACCCAGAACGAUUCUUAACUUUGCCAGGAGACAGAAUUAUUGGAGGAGUUUGAGUAUCAUCAUAUGGCUGCUUUGGACACCUUGGGUUUUAUCCCUAGCUCUUUAUACCAUCUCAUUCUGUACUUAGCUGACCCCUAGAUCCCCUGUCCUUCUGGGCUGGAGGGAGCACCCUGUUUAGAGAGCAUCUGUGGUUGUCACUUGAAGCCUUUGUUGCUCCGAUUUAAUGCCUCCUGAGCAAGGAGUGGAAACCCACAUGACUGGUCAUAGCAGCUUUUGACAGCCCCAACCCAGGCUGUGAACUAAGAAAUUCUGUUCUUCCUAGGCAGGGAUUACAGGGAUGUAGCCACAACAGUUUUAAAACUGUGUUGGAUGCUGAUGGUUUUUACUGUGAUUUAUUGCAAUGAUCAAUAAAUUGAUUUGAGUCCUUGCGGAGGAGGACUCAAAACCACAAUAAAAUGCUUCCCAUUACAUACCCCGAAUACUGAGGUAUCUUAUUCCUCCCAUUCUGUAAAGCAUUUUGUAUUUACUGCCGGCACUGUUUAGCCUGAUGUAAAAGAAAAUUAACAGUUUGGUAACAAUAAAUAGAGUUAUUGGACUGUAGUCACCCAGGUCUUGAAGAGCCAGCAUGAGGUAGAAGGUCAGACUUCCACAUGAACUGGAUCCUCUGUUUUGUUAUAAUUGGAAAUCUUAUGUAUUUUCAUUGGUGAUGGUCUCUUCUUGCUCCCCCCAGGGAGGAUGUAAGAAAACUUGUGGUGCUUAUUCAGAGCUGCAGAGGGAUAGUCCUACCACUCACUUGUUACUUCCUCGGCUGUUAGACUGCCUCGGAAUUUGUCUGUAUGCAUAUCUAACAACAUAACACUGUUUGUUAGCCUUUUAUAGUUCAAAAUAAAUCUCAAGAGACCCUUUCCAACAGGAAAUACCUGUUCAAA